GAACAAUUGUAACAACGGUCGUGAAAAAACCGCGGCAAAACUACUGCGCGCUUAUUCUAGCCAGAGCCAUGCCCAUUCGCGUCAAAUUAGAUAUUUUUAUUAUAAGUAACGAGGAGUUUAGUGUUUAGUUAUAUAUUACGAAGCGAGGUCAUACAUAUUACUAGAUAUAGCGUAGUAUUAACAAUUACUUCGAUUCGCAUACAACUACGGAAAAAUAGUUGAAAAAUUAUUUAACGGAAUAAACUCGAAAGUUAAUGUUCGAUUACGACAUGUUAAUGGUGAUGCCAAAAAUAAGGUCACGAUUAUUGGAUUUGUAAUCAGCAGUUUAAAAAAAAAAUAUGGAAGUCGAGGACAUAAUGUGCGACCAAAGCAUUUUAUGUCCAGAUGCAGUACAAUUUGAUACGAAGAUCUCUUAUUUGAUAAUUCCAGCUAGUAAACUAUGGGUAGCCAUCGAUUUAAUCGCCAGAUCAAUUUUACCGCCCAUUUCAACAGUUUGUUACACGGUCUUCAGAAAUCCGCAAGUAUUAUACCAAAAUGUUAGGAAUCAAAUAUUUCCAGCCAUAGUAGCGUUCAUAGCCAACAGCCUAUCGAGAUCUCUACCGUCCGUCCAAAAUAAAUCUAAUCCAAUAACUUUAACGAUAACCCAGGAUCAAGAUGGUUGCGAUAGGGCUAUUAUUACUGACGGUAACGAAUCAGAAGCUGAAAUGUCAGAAAAGUCGGUAGAGUGUAUGAUACUUUUUGAACCUGAAGAAAUUGGUAUUGACGUGAUAUUUAUUCAUGGUUUACAUGGAGGAAUAGAUAAAACAUGGAAACAAGGUGUUUGGAGAACAAGCCAACAUAAGUUGACCAAUCAAACACCAGUAAGGCGGCUAUCCAGUACUGGCGAUUAUUACGUACCUACCAAAAAUCAAUCGCCGCUUAAAAGGACUUUAUCAAAUAUUUAUUCUAAAAUACCAAAUAAGAUAGCUAGAACAGAAGAAAACGAUGUAGAUAAUAGGGACGAUGAUGAGGAAAUAAAAACGGAAGAUUUUAGUCCUUGCUGGCCGAGAGAUUGGAUUCCAAAAGAUUGCCCUAAUGCUAGAGUAAUUGCUUUGAAUUACACUACAGAUAUAUUGUGGUGCCCUACGUGGAUGAAAAAAAGGAAAAGAACGAAUCUGAUAGAGCGAAGUAAUGAAAUGAUUGAAGAACUGAUCAAGAUUGGAGUGGGAAGGAAACCAAUUAUGUGGGUCGGUCAUUCUAAAGGCGGACUAUAUAUUAAGCAGAUAAUGAUUAACGCUUUUGAUAACAAUGAAGAAAGGCUUGAAGUACAAAAAAUAUUCGAUCAGACUAAAGCAAUCAUGUGGUAUAGUGUACCACACAGAGGUUCUAGUUUAGCAGAUUUUACAUUACCGCUUUUAAGAAGAAGUGUAGAAUUAAUAGAAAUGCAAAGAAACUGCUACUUUCUACUGGACUUACACAAGCGAUUUUUGGAGAUUAUUGAACAAGAAAAAUCGGACAUAGAUAUUUUUAGUUUUAUCGAGACGUCUUUUACUUUAAUGUCAUUUCUUUUUUUAAAAAUUGUAGCGUACCAAUCAGCAGAUCCGGAAUUUGGCAUAAAAUGUGAUGUACCUCUGGAUCACCGAGAAAUAUGCAAACCCGCUGGCCGAGAUUGCUUUCUAUAUUUAGAAUUAAUAAAAUUUUUGCAAAAAUAUAAGCAAGAUUGACAUUAUUUUUAAGUUAAGUUAUGAAUGUGUACAGGAAAGUUAAUCUGUAAAUAUGAAAAGUGAUACCUAUAUGAG